CAAAUUCCUCUUCUUUGCUUUAUUUUGCUACUUUCACAUCGUCCUUUUUCCCUUCUUGCAUAGCAAAAAAAAAAAAAAAAAAAAAAAAAAAAAAAAAAAAAAAAAAAAAAAAAAAGGAAAAAACCAGAAAAAGGAAAAAAAAAAAGUCUGCCCUCUAAUCUUCAAUCAGAAAUAAAAGAUUGAUGUUGUAAUGGAAACCAAAGGUGGUAAGAAGAAUUCUUCUUCCAAUAGUAGCAGUAAUAAAAAUAAUAAAAAUAAUAGCUAUAUCCGAUACGAAGCUCCUCUUGGUUAUAUUAUUGAAGACGUUCGUCCCAACGGUGGCAUCGAAAAAUUCCGUUCUGCUGCUUAUUCCAACUGCGUGAGGAAGCCAUCCUGAUAAUCCCUUUAUUUCAAUUAUUUUCACCAAUAAUCCAUAACUUUUUAAAAUAAUUCUCAUUUUUUAAAAAUUCUGGUUUUCAUCUUUUACUACUAAAAUGACUGGUGCUACUACUGUUUCUGAUAUUGGUUUUGAAGGCUAUGAAAAACGCCUAGAAAUUACAUUCACCGAGCCACCCAUGUUCACUGACCCAAACGGGCUCGGUCUCCGAGCCCUGACUCGGUCACAACUCGACUCCAUCCUCGAACCCGCUGGUUGCACCAUAGUGUUACACCUCUCCAACAUUGAGUUCGAUUCUUACGUACUCUCUGAGUCGAGUUUAUUUAUUUAUCCUUUAAAAAUUAUUUUAAAAACUUGUGGGACCACAAAAUUGCUUUUGUCAAUUCCUCGGAUUUUAAAACUCGCCGAGGAACUUUCCCUCGGCGUUAACUCGGUAAAGUACUCACGUGGCACCUUCAUUUUUCAAAAUUCCCAAUCGGCCCCUCACCGUAGUUUUUCUGAAGAAGUGGCGUUUUUGAAUUCGUUUUUCAAAAACGGCCAUGCUUAUGUACUCGGCGAUCUCAACUCGCCGAGUCGGAAUUGGCAUGUGUACGUGGCAAAUGUGGGUCCACGUAAGUUGACCAAUCAGACGGAUGGGAUUACUCUGGAGAUGUGCAUGACGGGCUUAAAAAGAGAGAAAACUGCCGUCUUUUUCAAAAAAUCGGGAGAGGAUUCUUGUGAAAUGACCAAAAUGUCCGGGAUAAGUGAAAUAAUACCAAGUCAUGAGAUAUGUGAUUUCGAGUUUGAGCCUUGUGGAUAUUCUAUGAAUGGGAUUGAUGGUGCAACGUACUCUACGGUGCACGUAACACCAGAGGAUGGGUUCAAUUAUGCCAGCUAUGAAGCCAUGGGGUUAGACCCUGGGUCCAUUGGGCUCGAGCCGUUGAUCAAGAGGGUGCUUAUGUGUUUCGAGCCAGCCGAGUUCAGCGUGGCCAUCACGUGCCAUGGUGGGUCCCGGGGGGAUAUUUUUGCUGAUGUGGAAGGGUACUCAUGUGACAAUUGUAUCAACCAAGAUUUGCCAGGUGGCGGGUACAUAGUCUACCGGUGUUUCACUGUGAUAGCCGAGGCGGAGAAAGGCCGCACGGUCCACGUUGCCACCAACUCCGAUUCCAAGAUGGUGGCGCGUUGCUUGAAGGAAUUGUCGGAGAUGGCAGGCGUUGGUGGUGGGGUGGCAACCCAAUCAGAUUUGUCAGUUAUGGUUAGGGUCUAAUGACUAGCAUGUUGUUAUAGCAAGAGUUUGUUAAUAUUUUCAUUUUAGUUUAAUAAAGUCCUUGUAUUUUGGAGUAAAUGGACUGAUAAUCCUACUUAAUUAAGUCGAGUCUUCUCUUUGUAGUAUUUGGUCUUUGCCUUUGAUAUGAGGCUACACAGCAGAGACGAGCCAGGAUUGUAAGUUUAUGAGUUCGAAAUUUUAAUCUUCUUAAAUCA